AUGUACUUGGAAUAUCUUCAACCGAAGUUGAACCUAAUGGAUGAGUCUAGCACUAUAAGCAAAAAUUUCCCUGAUUAUUCACCAAAUUUAAACACACCCAUUACUUCAAAUUUUAAUGAAGAAACGGGUUCGGACUGCUCUUUAGUUACUCCAAGAAUAAUUUCCAGUUCAAAUUCGAAUUCGAACUCCAAUUCUAAUUCGAACUCCAACUCCAACUCAGGCUCUAUUGACGAAAAUGAGCUAAACAACUCUAAUUCAUCCUCCUCGUCUGCAAGACAGAUAAGGAAAAAAUGGAAAGAGCCUGAGGAUAUAGCAUUCAUUACUACAAUAAUGAAUAAUUCUCAAUUACUAACAUUCGUAGAAUAUUUCAAGCCUAUGAAGAAUUUUUGGAAAAAAAUUUCAAAAAUCCUAUUCCAACAAUAUGGGUACGAGAGAAACUCUCGUCAAUGUCAUGAUAGAUUUAAAGUCUUAUACACAAAGUCUUUGAAAGUGCAUCCAUCAAAGAAAUCCAAGCAAAAGAAAAAAAAAUCAAAACAAGAGGCAGGCUCAAACUUAAAUUUUGAUCCGUCAAAAUUAUCUAGAAUGCAGUAUUUGCUAGUGCAGUUACAAAACACUUUUAGUUUUGUAAACGGAAACAUUAUACUCAAGUCGCAAAAAACAUUGAAGCCGAACAAGAAUGGUACUAAUGAUAAUAUUAAUAACCAUUAUUAUAAUAAUUGUAACAAUAACAAUAAUAAUAUUAACAAUAGUAACAAUAGCAACAAUAAUAAUAGCAAUAAUAUUAAUAGGAAUAGUAAUCAUAGUACUAAUGUUUUUAGUACACCAGAGCAUAUUCAGUCAAGUAUCAACCUCGAUAAAUUAGAAUCUUUGCCAGCUUUGGAUACCAAAGGAGAACCAUCCUUCAUUAGCCCGGCUCAAUUUUCCCUUUUGUCAUCAGCACCGGCAGACAAUCUAAUCCUGCAAACUCCACCAUCGCCAUUUUUCCAGCAAACAAUGCCUAUACAGCUACCGCGCGAUGCACAACAAGAACAAAUUUCCCCAGUUUUCUCUACAGAUGUCAUAUACAUGUGGCAAACAAUGUUUAACACUAUUGAAAAUUUAAAGGAACAAGUAAACUGCUUAAAAAAUGAAGUUAAGCAAUUAAACCAUAAAUUUUACCAACAAAAUAAACCGUUGCAUAAUAUGUCAACUUCAGACUCAGAAAAUUUUAUGCAACAACAUUAA